CAAAGAGGGGAAAGGGAAGAAAAGUUCUCCGCCAUUGCUCCGCGUUUGCUUCUCUGUCAUCCGUUCAUUGCGUUUGCUCCGAAUAACUACCGAAAACCCAAAAUCGAAGAACACCCAACAAAGCCUAACCCAAACCCACCCCCUAAAUUCCACUCGUCUUUUCCUUUAUUCUUCCAUUCCCCUUCACGAAGCCCAGGAGAGGCACUCACCAGCAGGCGCAUGCCCCUCCUCCUGGUUUCGUAGAUUUGAAGAAUACAGGUUUUAAAGACAAUAUAUAUCUAAGUAAAAGGGAUAGAAUGCGCAGGUGGCUUUGUUGUACUUGUCAAGUUGAGGAAGCCUACCCAUUAGCAGAAAGUGAGCACCUGAAAAGCCCACGAAGUUAUGGAGAUGGUUAUUAUCGACGGGACUCGAAAGAGUCGGCUCCUGCCCCAUAUGAAGCCCCAAAAUCUCCACCUCCCAUAGAAGUGCCAGCAUUGUCUCUGGAAGAACUAAAAGAAAAAACAGACAACUUUGGGUCCAAGGCACUGAUUGGCGAAGGAUCUUAUGGUCGAGUUUAUUUUGCUAACUUAAACAAUGGGAAAUCUGUGGCGGUAAAGAAGCUGGAUGUUUCCUCUGAAUCUGAUUCGAGUAUUGACUUCUUGACUCAGGUUUCUACAGUCUCAAGGUUGAAACAUGAAAAUUUUGUUGAAUUGCAUGGAUAUUGUGUUGAAGGAAACCUCCGUGUACUUGCAUAUGAAUUUGCAACUAUGGGUUCUCUACAUGACAUAUUGCAUGGUAGAAAGGGUGUGCAAGGGGCACAGCCAGGUCCCGUGCUUGAUUGGAUACAGCGUGUGAGAAUUGCGGUUGAUGCAGCUCGAGGAUUGGAAUACUUGCACGAGAAAGUUCAACCUUCUAUCAUUCAUAGAGAUGUUAGAUCCAGCAAUGUGCUUCUCUUUGAAGACUUCAAAGCAAAGAUUGCAGACUUUAACCUUUCAAACCAGGCUCCUGACAUGGCUGCUCGACUUCAUUCUACUCGAGUUUUAGGAACUUUUGGCUAUCAUGCUCCAGAGUAUGCAAUGACUGGACAGUUGACACAGAAGAGUGACGUCUACAGCUUUGGAGUUGUUCUACUCGAGCUUUUGACCGGGAGGAAACCUGUCGAUCACACCAUGCCUCGUGGGCAGCAGAGUCUUGUUACUUGGGCUACCCCAAGACUAAGUGAAGACAAAGUUAAACAAUGUGUUGAUCCAAGGCUGAAGGGUGAAUAUCCUCCCAAAGGAGUUGCCAAGCUGGCUGCUGUAGCAGCUCUGUGUGUCCAGUACGAAGCGGAGUUCAGGCCGAACAUGAGCAUCGUCGUUAAGGCUCUCCAGCCGCUUCUAAGGCCUCCUGCCCCGGCUCAUGCUCCGGAACCGUGAAGUAAAUUGAUCUGAAUUUAUGUUCUUCCUUCUUCCUCACUGUUGAUAUAUAUUAUGUCAACGCCUUCAUUGCAACAUAAACUUGGGUUCAUAGUGACCAUAUAGAAUUCAUAAUAUUCAUUAUUUAUUCCAACUAUUAUUGUUUUUUUCUUGAAGAUCCUGGAGUCAUGUUUGGUUGGUUGGUUGGUUGGUUGGUUGGUUGGUUGGACUGAGUAUUGUAAGAUUGCUUUCUUUUCUUGUAAGCAAUUCUUCUUGUGUAGCUGCCGCCUGUUGGUGUAGCCCUCGGUUCUCUAAACAAAUGUCUUUGGGGCCGAGACAUGACUUUGCUUUGCUUUCCCUCACUUUUUUUUAUAUUAAUGGAUAUGGGUUCGUUU